AUGGAAGAAGACACUAACGCCAUUCUCAGCAAGAUGAACGCACCCAAAGCCCCAGCGGCUAAAAACGCCAACACGCGACAAGAACCGCGCCAGCAUGCUCCAACCGACAAAAACGGCCGCAAAGACGGAUACAUGUAUGUCGUCAACGAGAACAACGUGUCGAGCAAGAACAAGGAAAGAAGAGCCCAGCGCAAAGCCACCAGCAAAGGUCGGCAAAACGACGCUCAACGACAAGACGACGAGGAGGAAACCCCGAAGGAUAACGGUGGGGGAGACUCCUCCGCCGACGAAGAGCAUCCUGCUAAUCGCAGACGCAUCGAGGUUAUACUCUCUCAGCAAUCUUUGUCGUCCGACGACGAUAACGACGAUGUGCCUGUACUCGGAGAUCUAAGAGACGUCCUGAAGCGGAAGUUCGAGUCCGAAAAUGAUAGCAGUCCCAAGCACAAAGAUCUACGGACGAUGCUGGACACACGGAAGUCUCGUCGUAUCUCGACAAGCGACGCUAACAACAACAAAGGCCCAAUUACAGACCUCCGAGAUAAACUCAACGCUGGCGCCUGCGACCUUCGCAUACAGCUCGACCGUUCAAAACCAACAGACUUACGACAGUUGGAGCAAGCUAAAGGUCAUUUUCAACCCCCAGCGCAUGACACCAACAUAUCCACAGACCUCCGCACCUUGCUAGACUCUAAGCGAGUACAAACGGGACAGUCGCUGAAUGUCAUCAUGGGAGGCUCCCGUCCUAGCGGAGACACUGUCCGUUCUGUAAAAGACUAUCGUCGACAGGUCGCGACUUCCCAGAAGUGGCCGACUAAACCGACAAGUCAUCCUCCGAUAACCUUCUCACCGGACGACGCUGAAGAAGUUCACGCUCCCCAUAAUGAUCCUCUUCUCGUCGUCCUUGGAAUUGGAGAGUAUGAUGUCACCAAGAUCCUCAUUGACACCGGAAGUUCCGCCGACCUCAUCUUCCGAGGAACUCUACAGAAGAUGGGAGUUGAUCUUGACGACAUAAAAGCGUCUUCCAGGACAUUAACCGGAUUCAAUGGAUCCUCCGAAACUAUCUUGGGAACGAUCCGCCUCCCGGUACGCGCGUGUGGCGUUACUCGAACGGUUAUGUUUGCCGUUGUAAGCACAAAAGCUCCUUAUCACGCUAUACUCGGCACCCCUGGGCUACACUCGAUGCAAGCCGUUCCUUCUACCUACCACCAGUGCGUCAAGUUCCCUGGUACGGACGGAAGGAUAAAAACGCUGCGAGGGGAUCAAAAGGCCGCUAGGGAUCUCCUAGUCGCCACAGUCAAACUCCAACGGUCAUCUCUACCCGUUAGUUAUGUGUCUCCCCCAACCUCAAAAGUCCAUUCCCAGGAAUGCGAGAUUCUCGAGUUACCUAUUGACGACGCCGAUCAAAGUCGAACCGUAAGGGUUGGUGCAUACCUUUCUGAGGAAAUGCAGCAGUCAAUUCUGAACUUCCUUAGGAAGAACGUGUCUACAUUCGCUUGGUCUAUGGCAGACAUGAAAGGCAUCGAUCCGACUAUAACGACUCACGAGCUAAACGUCGACCCGACAUUCAAACCUAUCCGCCAGAAGCGACGUAAGCUCGGCCCUGACAGGUCAAAGGCCGUAAACGAAGAAGUUGACACGCUACUCGGCGCAGGUUCGAUCGCUGAGGUCCGCUACCCCGAAUGGUUGGCAAAUCCGGUAGUCAUCAAAAAGAAAAAUGGCAAGUGGCGCGUCUGCGUCGACUUCACCGAUCUGAAUAAAGCCUGCCCAAAGGAUAGCUACCCUCUUCCCAACAUUGACCGUUUAGUCGAGUCUACGGCCGGAAAUGAGAUGCUGACCUUCAUGGACGCCUUCUAUGGAUACAAUCAAAUAAUGAUGCACCCGGAUGAUCGCGAGAAGACAGCCUUCAUCACAGAUAAGGGAACCUACUGCUAUAAGGUCAUGCCGUUCGGUUUGAAGAACGCCGGAGCAACCUACCAACGACUUGUAAACAAGAUGUUCGCAGAUAAGCUGGGCAUCACUAUGGAAGUGUACAUCGACGACAUGUUGGUUAAGUCGCUUCAUUCCAUUGAUCACCUCCGUCAUCUUCAAGAAUGCUUCGAAAGUCUCAACAAAUAUGGCAUGAAGUUGAACCCAGCAAAGUGCACAUUCGGAGUCUCUUCAGGCGAAUUCCUCGGCUACAUAGUCACACAGCGAGGAAUCGAGGCAAACCCGAAACAAAUAUCCGCGGUCCUGAACCUCCAAAGUCCGUGGAACAGUAGAGAAGUACAACGGCUCACGGGCCGGAUAGCCGCUCUAAAUCGUUUCAUCUCUAGAUCCACCGACAAGUGCCUCCCCUUCUACGAUCUCUUGCGAGGAAAUAAGAAGUUCAUUUGGGAUGAGAAGUGUGAGGAUGCAUUUACUCAACUCAAGCAAUACCUUACAACACCUCCAGUACUCGCUAAGCCGGACCUAGGUGAUGUUCUAUCUCUCUAUGUCGCGGUGUCACAAGCUGCUGUCAGCAGCGUUCUGAUAAAGGAAGACCGCGGCGAACAAAAGCCCAUUUUUUACACAAGCAGAUGCAUGACCGGACCAGAGACGCGAUACCCGACUCUGGAAAAGAUGGCUUUAGCAGUUGUCGAGGCAGCAAGAAAGCUUCGACCGUAUUUCCAGUCACAUGCAGUGGAGGUACUGACUGAUCAACCUCUCCGAAUGAUACUCCAAAACACCAACAGAUCUGGCAGACUCACGAAGUGGGCCAUCGAACUCGGCGAGCUCGAUAUUACCUACAAGAACCACACAGCGGCGAAGUCCCAAGUCCUCGCGGACUUCCUGGUCGAGUUGGCCCCAGAAUUGGAACAAGAUCUUAUACUCCCAAGCUCAAACUGGACGCUGCACGUCGAUGGAUCAUCGACCAACAAGGGAGCAGGAGCCGGAGUCCAACUACAGUCCCCGACCGGAGAGCUAAUCAGGCAGUCUUUUAGCUUUGGCUUUCCCGCAUCAAACAACGAAGCGGAAUACGAAUCUCUGAUCGCCGGACUCCGUUUAGCAAAAACCGUAAAAGCUAAACGACUAAGCGCCUAUUACGGCUCUCAAUUAGUCGCCAGUCAGUUCAGCGGCGACUACGAUGCCCGCAACGACCGAAUGGAUGCCUAUCUCAAAAUAGUGCAAAGCCUGACAGCAGAGUUCGAGUUCUUCGAACUCAUUAAAGUUCCCAGAGGCGAAAACGUCUGCGCCGAUGCCCUCGCGGCCCUUGGCCGCAAGCUUCGUGAUCAAGUUAAACGAACCAUCCCGAUACAUCGUAUCGAGAAACCAAGCAUCGAUAUUCCUACCGACCAAACCCUCGUUGCCCCGGUCAUCGAACCCGCUACUCCAGAUGACGACGGAUUUGGUCCUGAUUGGGGAACUGAGUUUAUCGACUACCUCUCGAAGGGAGAACUCCCAAACGACAAAUGGGAAGCUCGCCGACUAAAAACACGCAGCGCCCACUACGUCGUUCUUGACGAUAAACUACACCGCUGGACCGCGAGUAAAGUACUCCUAAAAUGCAUUCAUGGCGACGAGACAGCAAGGGUUAUGGCAGAGACGCACGAAGGCGCUGGCGGAAAUCAUUCGGGCGGACGUGCAUUAGCAAUCAAAGUAAGGAGCUUGGGCUUCUUCUGGCCAACAAUGAACGCAGAUUGCGAGUCUUACGCGAGAAGCUGCGAUAAGUGCCAACGGCACGCACCUAGUAUCCAUUGUCCAACCGAAAUGUUGCGAACAACCACCGCUCCAUACCCGUUCAUGCGAUGGGCAAUGGACAUCAUUGGACCACUUCCCUGUUCCCGCCAAAGACGCUUCAUCCUCGUCCUCACCGACUACUUUACAAAAUGGAUCGAAGCUGAAGCAUACGCUCAAGUCACGGACAAAGAAGUCCGCGGUUUCGUCUGGAAAAAUAUUAUUUGCCGCCACGGUUUACCUUAUGAGAUCGUUACCGAUAACGGAUCGCAGUUCAUGUCAGGCAACUUCAAGGAGUUCUGUGGCAAAUGGAACAUUCGACUAAGCCCCUCCACUCCUCGUUACCCGCAAGGUAAUGGCCAGGCAGAAUCCUCCAAUAAACUCAUCAUCGAUGGCAUUUAA